CUUAAUAAUCAAUCCCACAGACGCUCAUCAAGAACGCCAGCACAGGUUGCAGCGCAGGAACACCGCUAUGUCACCGGCCCAGAUUUAUAGUUCACGGCCCCUUCCUGCCCUGCAGCUUCCCCUCUCUCGUAUAUGUCCCAUCAUUCUCAGCUAGAAUCGUGGCGCCAAACGCCUCAGGACAAGCGAUUGUCAAUUUCUUCAAUCCAUGUAACAGCUCCUGCGGCUGGCCUUCGUCGCAUUCCAGCCGGUUAUUAUGUCGCCAUCGAGAUUGACGGAACUGUUUGGAGAACAGCUGUCAAAGCGGAAGUACCGUCAAGCAAUAUCGUGCAGUGGGAUCAGAUUUUUGUACUUCCCGCAGAUAGUUCAACAACAGUAUCUUUGAGAAUUUUUGCAGCCUUCGAAUUUGAACGUAUGCUUGGGCGCGGCCAGUUGAUGCGCAAAGCUGAGCUCACAGUGGGAGAACUUUUACAUCACAGUGACCAAUCCCUACCCAUAUUUUUCUUCCCUGAUGGGGGUGAAUCAUCGUCUCUCCUAGUAAAGGUCGACCGAGGCCUUGAAGGCGAACCCGAUGCAGCUCAGUUUGGCCAACGCUACUCCCCCAGACCUAAUGAGUCACGACUUCUUGGUCAAAUGACAGAAACCGCCACGGAACAGCUGCGCCUUGCGCUUGAUUAUUGUGGCAGUGAUCACCCUGACCGUGCAGCAGCAUUGACUAAUUUAGCGGACGCUCUCGUGAUUCACCCGCAUAUUGAAGAAAGCGAUGGCGCCAUCAAUGCCCCUAUCUCGCUGUAUCAGGAAGCGCUGGAGCUUCGCCGAUCGGGGCACCCAGACCGUCCCUUGGCACUGCUCAAGCUUGGACUUGCAUUGCUAUACCGUUUUCAGCUAAGGAAAAAUCCUGCAGAUGUAAUGGAAGGACAAGACCUACUGAAUCGUGCGCAGCGUGUCUGUUCGGACGACAACUCCGAUAUCGAACCCGUCAUUGACGCAAUCAAGAGCCCCACUCCUACUAAUACUUCGAGUCACCGCUCUUUGGAGGUGCUUCCAUCACCCCCUUCACCGCUUUCACGAAUGUCGAUGAACUCCGCAGCUCCACAGCCUCAUAAAUUCCCAGAAGCGGUGGGAUGCACUGCUGACAUACCAACACGUUCUGUUCCGCUAUCAAUGAGAAGCCUGAACGGUGAAUCACUGUUACAGCGUGGUCAGGCAGAACAAUUCGGAGAUGAGAAAGAGUUUGCCGCAGAUGAAGCUAACGCACCACCGCCAGCCUGUCAGCCCACGCAUCCUCGCUUGCAAUCGGGAACUCUAUACACGAACUCUGUUACGAUGCCCCCUCAACUACUGCCAGGAAGUCCGCGCAGAGAAUGUUGCACGAAGCUGCUUGCCCCUGAUGUCGAAAUGCGGGCAAUACAACCACAGCAGACUAUUAAAUCUAUCUCAUCACCGCUCACACCCCAUUCGUUUCUCCCUUUGCCGGUACCAGCUGCUCGGGCCCCAAGUCUGCUCGCUUCUAACCUUCGCAUAGCGUUUAUUGCUGUUUUCGUGUUUCUAUCUAUUCUCCUGUUGAUGACACGUCCAUUGGAUGGGCUAUGGUUUUGAUUAAUGUUAUUAUUGCCAC